CAGCACAGCAUGGCGAUUGGGAAUAAAAAUACCAUUCACUUUUUAUUUCAAGCGCUCACAUAUUCUUCUUGAUCACACAUGCGAUGUUUAACAACUAAAGAAUUUAUUAUGAUAUCAUUCAGUGGAAGUAUGGACGAACAUAUGCAGACAUUCAGUGAAACAUGUGAAUGACAUUUUAAUGACAAGUGGUGCUGUUUUGAUGAUUGGGUGCACUAAAGCGCUUGUGGGGAUUUUUUUUUAGGUGCUUUAAUCAGAGUUGUAGUUAUAGUUUGCUG